ACUGACUCAAACAGCUGGGAUAACUAACAAGCCGAGACUCGGUCUGCUGUGUGGUCUUCAGUAACAAUGUCUGACACGGCUGAGGACGAAGUAAGCAAGAGUAAUGGUCCCAAAGAAGUUGAUGAAGGGGGACGGAAAACCGAAAUUUCACUACUAAAUAUUCCAUGCUUGGAAAAGGAAGACGAUGUUUUGCCUGGAAAUGAAACUACAGCACUUGGUGCAGCUACAAGAACGUCUUCGCCUAGCAAGAAGGUUAAGAAGACCAGCUACCUGCUGCUAACUGUCCUUUGUGGUAUUCUGCUUGGAAUCAGUCUCGGAUUUCUGAUGGGUCUCAGUGUAUUCUUCGUCGAGAUGAUAGACACGUUCCAGGAGUCUCGAGCUCAGACGUCACUCAUCCAAUCGGUGUGCUUGACAGUCCUGUUUGGCUUCGGAGCUCUAGGAAGUGUACUGUUAUCUCGGUUCGGCGUGAUGAGGACUGGGCUGUUCGGUGGUGUGUUGGCCACAGUGGGUUGUGUGGCAGCGAGCUAUGCCCAGUCAGUCCUGGUUCUCGUUGUCUGCAUCGGAGCACUUACAGGACUGGGACCCGGUCUGUUGUAUUUGGUAACAUUUUCUGUGAUGGGAGAGACUGUUGAAGACAGAAAACUCAGGCGCUUACUUUUAACCUUGAUGAUGUUCGGAGGUGGCAUUGGCGGGAUUAUCUACCCUUACUUUGGCAGCGUCUUAAUCGCGGAAUUUGGAUGGCGAAGAGCCUUCUUACUUUUAGGAGGAAUUUUGCUACACGGCUGUCCUAUCACCAUGGCGCUAUGCUCGUUGAAAUCACGAAUCGAACUAGUCGGCGGCAAAACAGACAACAAAAGCCAACAAUGGUGGAAGACGCUGAAGUUUGUCUUUAUUUAGAAGUAAACCCUUCCUCGUUGUCGGCCUUAGCAAAAUUGUUAUAUCUAUUUUUGCCAUAGGUCUUAAAAUUUUCCUGGUGGACAUUGCACGAUCGAAAGGUUUCGACUCUCAAACUGGCGCAUUUUUCGUUUCCAUUAUGGCACUUGCCAAUCUCGGCGGAAGAGCCGUAUGUGUUUUGUUGCUGUCGUUCUUUUCAAAAAUAUCGAGCCUGGCUCUGUACUUUCUUACGCUGUUCGCUGGAGGGUUAUCCGUGCUUCUAAUAACAUAUGCCAACACAUACACGUUUAUGUGUGUCGCGGUGGUUCUGUGCGGUUUUUCCUGGGGACCAGUGUUUUUUGUGUACCCUUCUGUCCUCAUGGAAGUGGUAGGAACUGAAUGUUAUACGUCAGCGCUUGGAUAUAUAAACACUGUUAGUGCUGCGGGAAAUUUGAUAGCAAGUCCAUUGGGUGGUAAGAUUACACAGACACAUCAUCAUAAACAACAUCUUCCACCUUUUUAAGUUGCAUGCCGGUAAAAAUUAUAAAAUACAGACAUUGGUUGUCUCGGUACAUCCAUCUCUGAGUCUGAAUCCAUCCACCUA